AUGACUACUACUACUACUACUAAUACUACUACUGUUACUGCUAAUACUGUGCCGUUCAUUCAUCCAGUCACCCAGCAAUUCACCCAUCCCCACCCAACCACAGCGGCGCCCGCCGAACGGCACCAGUGUCACCCGCGCGCGCGAAAACGGGGUGGCAAACCUGAAGAUUUUAACCUUAUCUCCAAUAUUCUACCCAAUACUCAAGGAUUUUCACCCUAUCACCAACAUUCAACAAAGUUGAACUCAUCCCCAGAACCUGAAGAUUUUAACCUUAUCCCCAAUAUUCUACCCAUUACUCAAGGAUUUUCACCCUAUCCCCAACAUUCAACAAAGUUGAACUUAUCCCCAGAACCUGAGGAUUUUAACCCUAUCUCCAAUAUUCUACCCAAUACUCAAGGAUUUUCACCCUAUCCCCAACAUUCAACAAAGUUGAAAUCAUCCCCAGUACGACUCAACCCUCCUCCUCCUCCUCCUCCUCCUCCUCCUCCUCCUCCUCCCCCAGGAGACCCAAGGAGGAGACCGACCUCCUCCUGCAUCACGGGCGGAGCAGCAGCAGCAGCAGCCUUGGUGGGUUCGCCUUCAGAAGCUAUUUCGAAAUUCAAUUGUACCUGA